CUCCCUCCCUCUCCCUCUGCCUCUCCCUCUCUCUCUCUUUCUCUGAAAGUUCCUGUCCUCUCUUGGUUUUGCUGAGAUACCCUUUGGAUAAUUUCUGGUGCUAAUAUUUAUUUCUUAAUUAAAGAUAAAAAAAAUACACCAAAUUUGCUGUUUCUGGCAUCAACUUUUAGCCACGCUUAUCUGUGUUCUGUCAAGCUGUUUGCUUCUUCUUUUUGUGGAAUCAGUGGCAUGUUUCUCUUUGCAUGCGCUCUCUUUUUUGGUUUUUGACAUUUUGCUGCCCACCUUUUGCUUCUUUUUCUUUUUCAAAUCCAGGUGAAAUAUUUUUCCACAUUUUUUUUUCUCUUGAAGCUGGAAGGAAGAUGGAGGUGGACCCCACCGAAGUUUUUGAGUAAUCAGAGUUAGUUGGCAUCCCAUGAAUUUCUGGUGAAAAGAAAAGGCUUCAGAUUUUCUGUUGGUUUCAUUGAUCCUUGGAGGUGAAGAAAAUAAAUAAAAAAUGGAGCCAUCAAAUCAGAAGUCUCUGGAGAGAGCUGUUUCACAGAAGGCUUUUCAAAUGGGGAGUUCAUUUCCUUGUCAAAUUUGUGUGGUGGGUUUUCUGUGUGGAGUUUGCCUCACUUCUCUCUUUCUUGCUGCACUCACUUCCCUUGGUACUUUUGAGUAUGGAGGCCUUUCGUUUUCGUCGAUUUCUCAGGGUUCUUCAGCUGGGAAUUCAAGCUCAGAGUUCAUCAAUGUGGUUGCAGGCACAAACUGCAGUUCAAAACGGCAAAUCAGAACAGAGAAAAAAGUUGAUUCACUGAGAAGUGAAGAAAUGAUCAAUGAUGAGAGAGUCACAUUACUGUAUUCAGCUUGGAGUGCUGUACUAAAUGAAUCAGGUUCUGGAGAGAGUGACCUCUUGCAGAGACUUGGAGUAAGCAGAUCCAGUAUUCCAAAUGCCCCACAUUUGGAAAACUGCAUGUUGAAAGCACAAGUAAACGAGCGCCUUGAUAAGCAUGCGGAAAACGAGAAGUAUCCUCCUUGGACAAGUUGGAAGGGAUUGUUGGACAGGUACCCUGCAGCUGCAACUAAUGAGCAGUCGAGAUACUUUAGGCAUCAAGAUAUAUCCGAAGGUGCCUACGCUCCCUGGAUUACAGGGUCCGAUGAAGAAAAUUUUCCCUUGACACGAAAAGUGCAACGAGACAUAUGGAUGCAUCAGCAUCCUUUGAACUGCAGCGACCCUAGCGUAAAAUUUCUUGUAGCUGACUGGGAAAGAUUACCAGGAUUUGGCAUUGGAGCACAGAUCGCCGGAAUGUGUGGGCUUCUAGCUAUUGCAAUCAAUGAAAACAGGGUCCUUGUCACCAACUACUACAAUCGAGCUGACCAUGAUGGUUGUAAAGGUUCGUCCCACUCCAGUUGGUCUUGCUACUUCUUUCCAGAAACAUCCAUACAAUGUCGAAAUCGUGCUUUUGAGCUUAUGGGAAGUGAAGAAGCCCGGAAAAAAGGCACCAUUACAGCAAAAGAAAGUUAUAACUCAAAGAAAAUAUGGGUUGGACCUACACCCAAAAUAUGGGGCGAUCCAUGGAGUCAUUUGCAACCUACGACAGAAAUAAAUGGGAGUUUGGUUGCUUAUCAUCGCAAAAUGGACCGGAGGUGGUGGAGAGCACAGGCGGUUCGAUACUUGAUGAGAUUUCAAACGGAGUACACAUGCGGCUUAUUGAAUGUUGCCCGCCAUGCUGCAUUCGGAAAGGAAGCUGCCCGUAUGGUCAUCAGAAGUUUUGACGGAAAAUGGCCUAAGGAUGUUACAAUCGACCCAAGGUCCGAUAUCGAAGAAUUUGUUUGGUCUAGUCACAAGCCGUGGAUGCCUCAGCCACUGCUUAGCAUGCACGUGAGAAUGGGAGACAAAGCGUGCGAAAUGAAGGUGGUGGAAUUCGAAGAAUACAUGGGUCUUGCUGACCGAAUAAGAAGGCGCUUCCCGCAGCUUAAGAGUGUGUGGCUCUCUACUGAAAUGCAGGAAGUGAUAGACAAAUCCAAAAGUUACCGUCACUGGGACUUCUACUACACGAACGUGACCCGUCAAGUGGGGAACUCGACAAUGGCCGCUUAUGAAACGAGUCUCGGAAGGGAGACUAGCACGAACUAUCCGAUUGUUAAUUUCUUGAUGGCAAGUGAAGCUGACUUUUUCAUUGGAGCACUGGGUUCAACUUGGUGCUUCCUUAUCGAUGGAAUGAGAAACACCGGCGGGAAAGUUAUGGCCGGAUACUUAAGCGUUAACAAGGACCGGUUCUGGUAGAAAAUCCGUCUAAACUACCGGCAACACGAAUAGAUGUGUAAAUCAUUAGGUCAACAAUUUUGUUGUCUGUAAAUCGGUAUGUAUCGACAGUAAAAUCGUCAUAUCUUAAAUCAUGUAAUCCCUGUACAUGCUCAGAUAAGCAAAGACCCAUGAAGACGGACUGUUAACGUGCAACGUCUUUCAUUUGUA